UCUACAAAUUUUAAUUUUACUGUUCCAAAACACCUAAAGAAGCUUAUCAAGACCUUGGCAAACAUUUUCAUGAUGAAGUUUAGUCGUAGGGAAGGUGAUUUCACGUGUAGACCACCUACAACUUACAAGGUAUUGAUCGUCUUCAUCUUCAUAUUAAAGUUGCUGCAAGCUGCUAAUGGAAGUUCAUGUCGAUACGAUGAAGUGCUUCAUUGCAAGAAUAGUAAUUUCAGCGAUUGUAGCUGCAUCAAAUGCCUUGAUUGCCCACCUGGAGAAGGGCUAUAUCCACAAUGUGGGUCUAUUGCAUUAAGGAGAAGCACAACCAUGCAAUGCAUACCUUGCAAAAGGGGGWCAUUUUCAGACCAAAGCGAUUUUGGAGCAUGUCAUCCCUGCCAUUUUUGUGCAACUGUUGGACAACAGACCCUAAGAGAAUGUACGACAAUACAAAAUGCCAUAUGCAAGAAAGGGUCUUGUAUGGAUGGGUUUCAGUGGAGUUCUAUAAUUGAAAGGUGUGAACAAGUACCUAUUACCCCAAGGAAGGAAAAGAAAACCAGCCCUCAACCCACAACAAGACCAUCAACUCAUGUACAGCCAACACUAGCAUCCUCUAAUGCAUCCAGCAAUGAGGAUUCAGGUUCAAAUGAACCUGUCACCAAACCUACCCCAAUAAUAAGAACAUCACUCAGAACCCCACAGCCAACCGCUGAACAUAAGAGCAAUUGGAUUAGAAUUACAUCUUCUAUUUUUGGUAAGAGGGACAGUUCACAGUUUACCAAUUAUUUUUCAGCUUUUGAAUAGAUUAUUGCUUCUCAUACUCAUGAAUAUUUAAUGAGGAGAAAACAAAGCAAAUCACUACUAU